CAUUGUUUUUGUCUGUCUUUCUUUAAUUGUUUUAACUCCUUUUUCCCCCUAAUUUUGUUGUGUGUAUGCGAGAGAGAGAGAGAGCGUGUAUGUGUGUGUGUGUGUUUUUACUCGACUCACUGUUACUUGACUUACUGUUACUUGUCUUACUGUUACUUGACUUACUGUUACUUGACUUACUGUUACUUGACUUACUGUUACUUGACUUACUGUUACUUGUCUAACUGUUACUUGCCUUACUGUUACUUGUCUUACU